AUGCCUACCAAAAGUACACAGUUGAGGAAGCAGACGCUUCACGAUGGGCGAAAAUCUCGUGUGGAGAAGCUUGUGGAGCUUGUUUUUAUCAAAAGUCCACGAACACUGAGCUUCUCUCACCGCUCGUUGGGAAGCCUGCGGCAUCCGUACUCGAGUCUCAUUUGUGAAAUGUCUGCUGCUUUCACCUCUACUAAAGACAAAAUCACGUACUUAUUAGAGGCAUUUUCGGAUGCCAAAUCUGAAAUGCAAAUCUGGAUGCGCGUGGAGCGUAUUUUUGAUUCGAAGCUCGCCGAUGUCUUGAUGGAGAAGCUGAAAUUUGAGCUGUUGCUCUCCUCUGAGCUCUUACACCGCUUUGAGGUACUGUGGAGUCGCCUUGGAGGUGUAAGCGGUGGCAUUAUUUCGGAGGAUGCCUACAAGCAAUUUCAACAGCUGCUUUAUGUUGUUCUUUUCGGGAUCGAAGAUAUGGCUUUGCUGCCGGCAACAAGACAAUUUAUCCUGGAAGACUAUCAGUACGACUCGCGAGGGAAUAUCGGGGUAGACUUUGGUAGCUUUGCCAAUUCAAUGCUUGAACUAGUGGAUAAUUGGACUCGAAGUCGUAUAGUGGCUGAUUAUGUUGAAUUCGUUGACAGGAUUAUUGAGUGCUACCCAGCCAGCUCAGCGCAGUCAUGUAAGGCACAUGCGCCAGAUGAGUUCACCCUUAGCAGGGAAGCUUUCUUCCGCGGUGGGGUUGUGGUUCCCAAGGUAGAAUGCGAGCAGGUUGUCUACAACAGAACAACACUGUAA